UAAUCAUAUCAGCAUCAUCAUAUAUGUCAUAUCAGCUGUUAAUCAGAAAUGGGAAUAUAGUAAAUAUCAGUUUUAAUUAUUAAUUUACUGUAAUACUUACACUGAUCAAAAAUUAUAAUAUUUAGCACCUUCAAACAGUUUCUCUUACUUAUUUCUUUACAAUUUGGCAAGAACAUUAUAAAGUUCAACUAAACGAUCAAAGAAGUUAAAUGGUUCGGCUUUUCUUCCUGAGACCCGGUAAAUAAAUCAGAAAUGUCCGAGAGAGACUAUGCACCACUGAGCAUUGCCUGCGUUCGCGGGCUUUGCGAUAAAAUAUAUGACAAAAGAAAGUUUGCUGGCGUCGAAAUUGAGAAGAUGGUAAAAGACUUCAGUGAUGCAAAGAACACUAGCCAGAUAAAGAGGCUGAUACGAGUGCUCGGACAAGACUUGAUGUCCUCCACUAACCCUAAUGUGAAGAAUGGAGCUCUCAUGGGACUCUCUUCUGUGGCCGUGGGCUUAGGAAAGGGGUGCAUCGACUAUUUGCCGGAGUUGGUGCAUCCGAUCGUGGCGUGCUUCAGUGAGAGCGAGUCGCGCGUGCGCUACCAGGCCGCAGAGGCGCUGUUCAAUGUUCUGAAAAUUGCGCGCGGUGAGGCGCUCGCACACUUCCCGCUCGUGUUCGACGCGCUGGCCCGCCUGGCCGCCGACCCCGAACCGCAGGUCAAGCAGGGCGCCGAGCUACUCGACAGGCUCGUCAAGGAUAUAGUGACGGAGAGCCAGACGUUCGAGCUGGCGGCCUUCAUCCCCAUGCUGCGCGAGCGCAUAUACACGCGCAAUGCUUUCGGGCGGCAGUUCAUCGUGUCGUGGGUGUCGGUGCUGGACGCCGUGCCCGACAUCGACCUCAUCGUGCACCUGCCCGAGUUGCUCGACGGACUGUUCAAGAUGCUGGACGACGCCAACUCCGAGAUCAGGAGGAUGUGUGACGUACAGUUAAACGAGUUUUUGAGAAGUAUAAAAAAGGAUCCUUCACGGGUAGAUUUUCAAGCUAUGAUCAACAUUUUGAUCACGCAUGCGCAGUCGCCCGAGGAAAUGUUACAGCUGACAGCAAUAACAUGGAUCAAAGAGUUUGUGGAGCUCGCCGGCGCGACCAUGUUGCCGUACGCGUCCGGCAUACUGUGCGCCGUGCUCCCGUGUCUUGCAUAUUCCGAUGAACCUCGGAAGAGCAUACGUGAGACGGCGGUGAUAGUAAACUUCCAGCUGAUGAAACUGGUGGAGUCCGGCGAAGGGGGUGAGGCGACGGAGGGGGGCGGCGGUGAAGCGGAGGAGGGGAGCGCGCAACUGGAACUGGACGGCGUCGUGGCCGUGCUCACGCAGAUGCUGCACCACAGCUCCGUCAGCACCAAGGUGGCCGCGCUCGACUGGAUCCUGCAUCUCUACAGCAAGCUGCCGGCCCAGAUGGUGGCGCAGACGGACAAGUUGUUCGUGGGUGCGGUGGGCAGCCUGACAGACGCGGCGGACGACGUGGUGCGUCGCGCCCUGGCGGUGUUGGCAGAGCUCUGCUCCUGCGCCGCAACGCCGGCGCCCGGUGACCUGGAGUCCAGUCCCUACUACUACAAGUUCCUGCAAGCGCUGCUGCGGCUGCUGGCGGCCGACGACAACCUGCUAGAAGAUAGAGGCGCCUUCAUCAUCAGACAGCUGUGCAUCCUGCUGAACGCGGAGGACAUCUACAAGGCGCUGGCCAACAUCCUGCAGCACGAGCGCAACCUGCGCUUCGUGGCCACCAUGGUGGACAUCCUCAACACCAUCCUGCUCACGUCGGCCGAGCUCUACGACCUGCGCCUGCAGCUGCGCCACUUCGACAAACCCGCGACACGCGAGCUGUUCGUGUCUCUGUACGCGUGUUGGUGCCACAGCCCCGUGUCUCUGCUGGCUCUGUGUCUACUCACCCACAACUAUCACCACUGCAACACGCUCAUUGCCUCCUUCGGUGAUUUAGAGAUCACAGUGGACUUCUUGACCGAAGUGGACAAGUUGGUGCAGCUUAUCGAGUCACCGAUAUUUGCAUACCUGCGGCUGGAGCUGCUGGGCGCGGAGGCGGGCGCCCUGCGCGGCGCGCUGUACGGCCUGCUCAUGCUGCUGCCGCAGAGCGACGCCUUCCACGCGCUGCGCGCGCGCCUGCACGCCGCCCCCGCCGCGCCCGCGCCCGCGCCCCCGCCGGCGCCCGACGUGCCGUUCCCCGAGCUGCUGCAGCAGUUCGCGCGCGUGCAGGCGGCGCACCGCGAGUACCGCAUGCUGGACCGCGGCCGCGGCAAGCUCGCCUCCUAGCGCGCUGCUGCGGCGGGACCAACCAAACAUACCUUCUCGAGCAAUGGCUGCUUCGUAAAGAACCACGUGCGGUGUGCAUACAUCUCACCAUCUGUGUACUGGAUACUUUUAUUGGACUUCGAUCGACUUUCCACUACUUUUCUUCAUUAAGGUAUGGCAUGGUACUUCUUCAUUUAAAAAUAUUGCCACUACUGCUCUUGAUACAGAGUGUCCCAAAAACUCAACGAUACAAUUUGGCCCGGUGAUAAAUAGUGCUGCCAUCUGCUACAAUCCCUAAAAACCUUAGAAUAAAGGUAGAUUUUCCUCAAAUUUCAAACAAAAAUGAAAUUUUAUCAAAAAAUCCAAAGAUUUGUACUUCCUCUCUAUUUUAUCUCACCAUAGUGUAAAAACAUUAGUUGAAAAUGUCCCGACGGGGGUUUCUCAGAGCCGCCAUGAGAAGGCAUAUCACCUGGUCAAGUUAUAUCGUUGAGUACGAAUAUCUUAUAAUCUAUUAUUAGUUAUAGUCGGCGCAAUCUAAGAGGUCAACUCUGACGUUUGUGACUGUGCUUGGACCAAUUGUAUUCAUAAUAUUGAUUCAUUACUUCGUUACUAUACACUUUCAUAAUGGAUAUUGCGGCGACACAUGACAAGUGACAGAUUACAGAAGUCGCACAUAGAUGAUCGACAAAACAAAUCAACGGACCACGUCAUAAAUCUUACAUCGCAUAUAUGAUGUUCACAUGCGAAUAAACAUGGAUAGAAAAUCUCAACGAACAACAGUUGGGCAGAAAGCCCGCCAGGCACGAUCACUUCGCCUGGUCGGAGAAUCCUCCUUAUCUUAGGGAAUUUUACGCUAUGUUGUCAUUUAUAAGCAUCAAAUUUAUCUUUAUCCACUCUAACGUCCGGCCCGCGCGACCGUUUAUCUCUCUAACGUCCAGCCGCGCACGGCAUCCGAACCGCGCGCGACUCGCAAGUUCGUCGUAACAAAAAACCUAUAUAGCUACUGAACCGUAAUGCCUAGAAUAAAGAAAAGAAUACCAAAAAAAAGAUAGAAAAAUACUCUACAAUCUUAACGAUUUUUUUAAAUCUUUAGUUAAUCUUUAAAAUACAAUAAAACGGGUUAAACAUGAAACACAGAAAAAAAAACAGAAUUAUUUCUACCUUUUUAGAAUAUACGGCACAACUAUUGCAUAUUUUAUCAAUAAAAUAUUUUUACAACAAACUAGACUCAUUACCCUUUCUUUUGAUGUAUAUAUGAUUAUAUUCGGUUAACUCUAAGUAUUGUAAUUAAAUCGAAAGAAAACACUACUCGUAAUUUUACACAUCAAAAAACCUGAGGAACACAUUGACAUUAUUAUGGAAUCUUCAAUGAAUUUAGUAUAUUUCUCUUUGAAAAAUGUAUUAUUUUGCUUAUUACGAAAUGUAUUUUGAUAUUUUAUAUACUAUUGUAAUGCAAAGUAUGUAAAAUAUGUAUAAACAAAACUAAAAGUGGCCAACACCAUACGACCGGCCAUUUUUUUCGAAACAAUCGUUUGAAGUUAAAAUUAGACUAGAUUUAUCAGCUAAAACUGUGAUAUUUAUACAUCAUCGUAAAGCACAAAUCUUCUAGUUUAUUUUGAUGUAUAACACUUGCAAGAUAAAUUAAACAAAACUGUAGUAUUUACGACAUAAUUGUUGGAACUCACAAAAACACUUCAAAAACGAGUCAACUAACUUUAAAAAUUUAUAUUUUGUUUGUCAAAGCAUAUUACAACGCCAUGUCUUAUUUUUUCGUCGAACAAUUUAUUCAGCUGUAUAGAUAAUCAGUCAAAACUCACCAAACAAGACCGUAUUUUAAACUAGAGGGAGUUAAACAGAACUAGUCGCUUUGGAUACUAUAGUAUCCAUGGACGUAUGACGCUCCUUUUUUUUUGGAUACCGUGCUAUCCAUGGACGUUAGAGUGGUUAUAUAGACGAAUGAUACAUAAUAAUAUACUAAGAGGCCGCCAUUACAAUCAUUCAGGGGCCUUAGUCUGCUAUUACAAUUGUGUCAGAAUGGUCGAUCAUUGAGCAGUGCAAGAGGGACGGAGCUAUACCACCUACAUCUAUGUACUUCGACCAUAGAUCGACUUGGAUUUUUUUAUAGAUUUGUAGACUUGUAAUAUUGAAUAUUAAAAGAUAGAAUAUCUAAAUCGAUAGGUACACAUUAAUUGUGGCAUAAUUUAAUAUACGAUCAAUCUUUCUUAUUAUGUAUAAUGUGAAAGAUUUCCAAUGAUCCAGUAAUUACAAACUCUAAUUAUUUUUACUCGAUAUGACUUAGAAAGGAAUCGAUCAUAAACACCAACCGAUCUACCUGUCACUUCAUGUCAACUGUCAGAGUUGAAUUCUUAGAUUGUGCGAACUAUAGUUGUAGUUCAUCACUAAGGAAAUAUUUGAAGCUUAUACUACUACAUGUUAAGUCGAUAUAAUUUAUUCGAGGAUUAUACUCACUGUGUAAGAGUUCUUUACGAAAAGAGUAUUGUUUCAGAAAGUAUUUAAAAUUGUGUAACAGUGAUAUUAAGGAUUCAACUUCGUUAUAGUUUGUUGGUAAAUAAUAAAUCCGUUAUUUUUGCGGAUUGUCUGAUUUCGCAUGAUGGCGCAAAUGGUUUAAAACUACUUUUAGAAACCAUCGAUAUAUUUCUGUAUUCCGUGGAUGCAUCGAUCUAAUGGAAAACAAUUUAGUGUGAAAUGUUAUUUUGAUAACGAGUAUAAACUUGAAAUAAUUAUUCGAUCGAUACUUUACGAGAUAUUAAUUAACUACAACUGUCAUCCGCCGACAAAAUCACGGGUUUCUUAUUUGCCAAUUUUUUAUAUUAUUAUUAUUACGUACCAUGCGUAUUAUUAUAUUUCUCAUUUGUUCAUAAGAUUAAUACGAGGGUUCCCGAGUAAGCAUUAUAAAAUAAAGCUGUACAGAUACCUCAGUCCGUAGUAUUUAUGAUGGAACUAUGUACAUACAACCUGUGAUACAACUGAUAAAUAGACCGUAAGCCGGGUACCAUAUUUUGUCGGUUAUUCUGGCUCAGUUGAGAACUUGUCUAGCGGUUGAGAGAAUCGUUUUAUGAACUCUUAUGGACGUCAACUGCGGCGCCUGCGGUGGGUUGGGCAGUGCAGGCAAUGCAAUGCUUCCAAACAUUUUUAUUUUGUUUCUCUAUCUGUAUCAAUCGCUGUACUGGUUCUCAACUGAGAGGAAAUUUGUUACGAAAAGCUGUUGCUGGCUUACGGUCCAAAAGGAGAAUGCCCAAAAAUCUAGAGUCGAUUCUGGCGGCACAUACUGAUUUAUUGUUUUGUUAUUAAUGAAAGAAAUGAAGAAUACAGAUAAGGACAUUUACGACAAACAUAAAGAUUUUCCAAGAUAAUUAUACAUACCACGAUGUAGUUUUGUUUAAAGAAACCAGUUUAAACCCACUGUCAACUCUGCGGAUAGAUCAUACAAGCGAGGUCAUGAUAACUUGGGACUGAUUGGUACUAUAGUUGGGUCAUUACAAACGUGCGAACUGUCACGUCAAAGGAAUGUGACAAUGCAGCAAAACUCGUUACCGAUAAAGGGAUGCUCGGCAGGUAGCUGGUCGCUAUUAAAUAUUAUCGCAACAAAGUCAAAUGUAGGUGUUUAACUUAAACUUCUAAACUGUGUUAGUUAAUCGAUUUUAUUUAUUCAGUCGCUUUAAUGUUUUAUUUUUUUUUUAAAUUAUUGUAUAAUUUUUUAACAAGUACACUGCACUUACACGGCUUUUCAAUAAAAUACAUCCUAAAAAAUAUUUUGCAUUAUUUCUUGAACAUUUCCUUAAUUACCUGCUAAUGACUAUCGACAAAUCCCUUCUUUGUUGUUACACACAACACUAGCAGUGUGAGCGAAAGUACCGAUAAUAUAUGCCCAUAUGCGUAAGCGAGAGUUCUGAAAAAAAUGGCUUAUGACUGAGUUCGCAUGUUCGUAAUGGCCCAACUAUAGGUAUGUAUACUCAACCUGACACACAUAAAUAAUUUUAAUCGAUUUUGGGAUAUUUCUCCAUACUUUUUUAUUUUUAUUCUCCUUUAUCACAAAUACAUUUUUUUUAGAAGUAAAUGUUAAAAAUCUAAAUUGUACAUAAGUAAUUCAAUAAAAAAAAAUGUAUAAUUAUUGCAUAAGAUGAAAAUAAACAACUGUGAUCUGUGUAAACUGUGAGUAGUGUGUCAAAGCCGCCGAGUUUUGUAUUAUGCUAAUAUUACAUUUUGUUUAUUCUCUUACUUGGAUGCAUACAUAGUCAUAGUACAGACUACCUAACUGCCGAACUCAGAGACAUUUAAUGAUUAUUUAAACUAUUCCUAAGAGCUCCACGACGUCGUGCAUGGUGAUGUGGACAGGUUCAUACGUCAAUCUCAUUGAAGAUACGGACCGCACGAGGCGUAUUCUGCUUCUGCUAUUGUUAAAAACACGGAGACAGAGGUUGAAGAAAAAAAGAUACGAAAUGACAAUACUGGGUGCACCCAUAUCUUACAAUUAUGAGUAGUGAUAGUAUUCACUAGAGCGAACGCAUCGAGCUACGUCGGCUUACGACGAAGUGCCGUCCCACCGCGACGGCUCCGUAGCAUGCACUAGAACGACGCAGUAACGUAACGCGGCUCGCACCGCUCCACGUUGACGACCACUUGGAGAUGGACAAGCCCUUAGUAACGACUUUGUUCCGAAAAAAGGAUUCGUUUAAGUAACAAUUAGAUGACUGAGUAAAGCGGUAAAUGUUAUAAUUAUAAAAAAUGAAGCAGAUGCCAAACUGUGCAGCAUCUAGGUAAUGAACAUUCCAUUGGUAUAUUGUGUAUAGUGUUACAACAUGUAUUACCGGUUACAAAUAAAGAUAUAAAUAAAAAGAU